UUUAUUCUGAAUACUUCUCUAUUCUAAAUAUUUUCCUAUUCUGAAACAACUGUAAAAUUUUUUUUUGCGCUUUAUAUAAUUACUUCAUCUCAUAUAACACUAUUAAUAAUAAAUAUUAUGAUAUGUACCGAUCUUACAGUUGUAUGGCAUGAUGUGAUAUCUGCUAUUAGAGUUUAGUUUGAACAGGAUAAAGGUUACACAAACGCGAUUUCCAUAUUUUUAUCAUAUUAAUAUUUUCCAAAAAAUUCACAUAUUAUCUCGUGUCAUAUUAAAUUAAUAUGGCUAUUCGCUUGCACAUUAAAGAAGAUUUAGCCAAGCAGGAGGAGUCUGAGUUACAUCUUAUGCCAUGUAAAAUUCACGGCGAUGAAGUCGCGAAUGUUUCUUCCUAUUUCAAGCCUUACAUUUGUAAGAUUGACGAAGAACAUUACGAUUGUUCGUUCCGUGGCUAUCCACUUCAAGGGAAGAAAGUAAUUGUACCUGCUGGAUACAAAGGCAUGACGUUUACAGAAAAUAAGAAGGCAGACGCUGAAAAUAAGAUCCGUAAUUUAUAUUGCACAGGAACGUUUUCACGAUUCACAUAUUGGAAUUACGAUAAAAUACCGUCUAAGAACGAUGCUCUUGUAGCAGCGUUGGAUUGGAUUGACAUAGCUGAAGCGUUACAUUCAUCAGAAACGUAGUUGUAAUACCAAAAGAGAAAAUACAAUUAUUUGAAAUUUAAAUGGAAGAUAUAAAAAAAGUAUCGUCUUGUUUGUGAUAAUAUAUUUUUAUACUUUGAUAGAAAAAGGAUAUAAUAAAGAUAAAUUCUUUUCUCUGUAUCUAACAUAUAUUUUUACAGCAUCAUAAUUGCAUGAUUAUGCCACAAAUAAUGAGCAUAUGAUGUAGGCAUAAGAGUCUAUGACCGUAAAAUGCAUGAAGAAAGUGUAAAGAGAGAUAGUGGUAUCAAUAUAAUCUAACUAACAGCAAUGUUUAAAAAAACGGAGUUUCCUAUUUAGAUAUUUGUGGACUUCUUUUUUUUUUAAUAUAGUAAUACAAUAUGUGUGAAUGCAUUCUGCAGAUCUUUUUUUCUGAAAGACAUAAAUUCGUUUUGCAUAAGAUUACCAUAUAUAUAUAUGACUUUAUAUUAAAUGCAUUUAGUGCCACUAUUGAUACUUUGCGCCAUCGUUGAUUAAUGAAGGAUAUAUCUGAGCAUCCAUAUAUGCUAUCUUAGUUAUGUGAAUUUACAAAAUACAUUUGUAAUACCAAUAUAUGUCAAGUUAUUUAGGCCAAAGAAUCCCAGUCAAUUUGUGAUAGCGUGUAUCGAAUAUAUGCACAUAGCCUACAGAAUUGAUCUCCGAUACACUCUGGAAUGAAAAUAUUAUCACUCCUGUAUUAUAUAGAAUCAUUGGCAACACGAGAAAGUGUGCAUAUUUUAUGAAUGAAAAGUACACUUUACAUUAUCCUCAUUAACACUAUAAUAAGAAAAACGGAAUAGUCAAAUUAUUACAAUCUCAACUGGAAUUUCCUUUCUUUGGCGUUUUAAUAAUACUGAGGUAUAUGAGAUUUGUAGAACUAAUUCAGAACUUUGUGUGUGAAUACCAUCUUAAAUUACACAAAUUCUUACAUUCUAAAUUAUAGUAAGUUUCUGUCUCGAUAUAACGCGAAAUAAUAAAUAAGAUAAAAUAUU